AUGAAGAUCCUCACACCGGAGGAGCAGCAAGAGCACUACAAGUAAGUCAUCCAACACAUCAUUCACACACCCAUUGAUAGCUAACAUGUGACGCCAGUGCUACCGUCAAAGGCGGGACAUUGGGCGGCCUUAUCGGCACGGCCGCCGGCACUCUUGGCGUCUAUGCGGCGACGAUGAGAUAUCCGGCCUUCAGGUCGUUAUCUCUGCCAUUCCGUGCUUUCCUCGCCACUUCAAGCGGAACGUUCACAGCCAUCAUCGCAGCCGAUCGAUACUCGCGAUACUACGAAGCGUCACGGCAUCCGGAGAAGAACUACAAAGAUGAGCAGGAGACUCUACAAGAGCAGCUCGCCUCUCAGAAGAGUACAAAGGAGAGGGUUAUAGGGUGGCUGCAAGAGAACCGUUACAGCAUCGUCUUUGGUUCUUGGGUAGCUUCCAUGUCCGCCGCAAUGGGUAUUGUCGGGCGGAACCCAUACUUGACGACCCAGCAAAAGCUCGUUCAGGCUCGUGUGUACGCACAGGGCUUCACACUUGCGGCGGUCAUUUGCAGUUUGGCAUUCGAGACUGGCGACAGUCUUUCAAACACUGGACGAUGGGAGACGGUCAAGGUCAUCGAUCCAAGCGACCCUACACACAAGCACAUUAUCGAGAAGAAGAUCCAUCACGAGCGAUACGCCGGCGAGGACCAAUGGAUGGACAUGGUCGCAGCCGAAGAACAGCGCAUGAAGGAGCGGGAAGAAGCAGUAAGACAGCGUGAAGCGGCUGAAAAGAAAAACGGAAAGCCAAAGAAGGCGAAGCACGAGUCUGAGACGAAGGGCAACCCAGAGGAAGGCGACAAGAAGGUCCUUGCGCCGUGA